ACAAAAAAAAAUUGGUAAAACUUAAAAUAGGUUACAUUUGUACAUAAUAAAACUUCAGGGUGAAAUUAGAAAUAUCAGAAUCCACCAGCUUGUGGCAAGCGAAAGCCAAACGAAACAAAACCGGGUCUAAUUGAUUAACAAAAGAACUAUGGGGUCAAAUUCGAAUUAAACCGAAUCUGGAACGAACGAGUUUGGUCUCUCUGACAGAACACAAACAAAAUAGUUUACUUUAAUAAGUGAAAAACCCUAAAACACACACACAAACAAAACUCUUUUUAACUCUCUCAUUUCUAUUUUCCCACAACACACAUCGGAGAGAGAGAAAGCAAACUCCAACAUUUCUCCGAUGGCGGCGAACAACAACAGAUCCGAUCACGACUCAUCAGACGAGAACAACAACACGCGUCUCUACAACCCUUACCAAAACUUCGAGGCUCCGAUAAAGUCUCAGUACCUCUACAAGCUCCCCACCUCCCCCGAGUACCUCUUCACCGAGGAGUCCUUAAAGCAGCGCCGCUCCUGGGGCGAGAAUCUCACCUUCUACACCGGCACCGCUUACCUCGGCGGCUCCGUCGCCGGCGCCGCGGUCGGGAUCGUGACCGGGGUCAAGAACUUCGAAUCUGGCGACACGACGAAGCUGAAGAUCAACAGGAUCUUGAACUCCUCUGGUCACACGGGGAGGACGUGGGGGAAUAGGGUUGGGAUCAUUGGGUUGAUGUACGCUGGGAUCGAGAGUGGCGUUGUGGCUGCGUUGGAUAGGGAUGAUGUUUGGACUAGCGUGGUGGCGGGUCUUGGGACCGGGGCGGUUUUUAGGGCGGCGCGUGGGGUGAGAUCCGCGGCUGUGGCGGGGGCUCUCGGUGGGAUAGCGGCUGGUGCUGUGGUUGCAGGGAAGCAAGUUGUGAAGCGGUAUGUGCCCAUUUGAUGAAGGGAGAAAGAUUGUUGCUUUUGAAAUUUUUUGAUAGAGAGAGAGAGAGAUGUUCAAUUUGGAAUAUCAUAAAAAAAAAUGAAAACUUUGAAUAACAAAACCUUUUUAUUUAUAUGAUGAUGACUAUCAGGAAUGGUUAUUGGUUGUUGAUAGUAGUUUACUUUCUGAUAAGAGUUAGUCUUCUUUGCGUAUGGCUAAUGUUUGGGAUCUAUGUGUUGUAUCAGUCUUUGAAAUGGAACUAUUUUCCUUUUUCAAGUUUGUACCUA